AUAAAUAAAAUCAAAACACGCAGACUCUUAUCUAUAUUAAGGCCUGCAGCCGGCUUUAAAUACAAUGUCAGUAAAGCAGAGUAGAAAAAUCUUGCCAUUCACUGAAGUUGCAGUAUAUCAAAAAUCUCCAAUUCAUAGUAUAGCAGGCAUAAACAUACGCAUAGACAAGAUGAUUGCUGGAUUAUUUAUAUUUGGAAUAGUUUUUAAAACUCGGGUUAUUUUUUGCUCUGCAUAUGUUUUCUCUAUAGUUAUUUCAAAGCUAAUAGAGCCAAUUCUAGGGAUUAAUAUAUACAUUGCAAAAGUCAUUUCUCUUGCUGGCCUGGUAUUCCAGAUAAUUAUGCUUCCACCAAAGGGAGCUAUACCAAUAGUUCUUACACUUAUUUCACUUCUAUUGAUGUACAUUGAGGUACUAACAACAAACCGGGUGCCAGAAGAAUACAAUAGUAUUCUAUGUGUAGGAAUUACUAUGAUACUCUUUAUUCAGCUAGAUAUGAUCCUUAAGUUUUCCUGGAAGGAAAUGACUAUAUCCCUACAUAAAUCACAUACAGCACAGGAUUCUGUCAAGUUCAUACUACUUAUAUAUUUAGGAAUGCUUACAUCCGCCUUUUACAGGUCUAUAUAUAGUGCAAUGCAGUUAUUUAGCAGAAAUGUUCUGCUUAACAUACUGAAUAUAGUAACUGCAGGCACAAUUACAAUUUUAUCUUAUUUUGUCUAUAGAAUUCUGCACAGUUGUUAUAUUCUUAUAGAAUAA